AUGCCCAAAAACGGCAACCGCGGCGCCAACACCAGGAAAUCAAAUGUUUCGCUCGCUUCGAACAAUGAGGACAUUGACAGCAAUGUUGUCUUUGGACAUGCCAAGACCACGAGGAAGGCAAAACAAAGCAGCACAGCAGAAGACUCGGCCACGAAAGGUGGAGAUAUUGUCCCAGCUUCGAGUGAAGAUCCGCCGAAGCAGCCAGACACUAGAAAGUUGAUAGGAGGGGCAUCAUGGACUGGUAAAUUGCCCGUAAAUAUACUUUCAGAACAUUGCCAGAAACAGCGAUGGGCCAAGCCGGAGUAUACUAUGAGUAAAACCCCAGAAGGAUUCUCUUCAAUGGUCAUCCUCAAAUCUACCAAUCCAAAGACAAAAGAGACCCUUGUUCUUCCUUCUUUCAAGCUCCCGCCAUCUCAUAAGCAUCUAGCGGUCCAACCAACAGCGCUGGAAGCUCGACAUUUUGCCGCAACAUACGCCUUAUUUCGUGUCUGUAGCAUGCGCAACAUCCACAUGAUGCUUCCGCCGAAUUACCGAGAUCUAUGGAAAUCUGCUUUUCAAGAUCUGAAAUCUGACGAUGUGAAGCAAGGUAAAGGUUGGAUGUACGAGGCCGACCCGUUUGCUGCCAAGCAGGAGCGAGAAGAGGCUCAGACAUUGAUGGCAAAGAAACGGGAUGAGCGAGAGAAGCAGACAGCAAAAGAAGCGGAUCAACCGGCUCACAUACUGAGUGCUGCUCGUUCAAAUGGUGGGAACUCAAACCGUAAUGUUAUGAAAGGCUGGACAAGGGUGCCUAAAAUUGAUAUGGCAAAGCGGACUCGAGCUCAAGUUGAGAGCCUUGUUCGGAGAGACGACAGGUGGAACAUUUACGCCGCUCGAAUAUCCGAGUUCCAAUGUCGAAAUAUCGUCAACGAAUUCGUAGGUCUCGGCUUCCGAAAGAGCCAUAUAGAAGAGGCGGUACAAGAGUGUAAGGACCGUGAGGAGACUCUCGAAUGGUUGAUCAUCCACGUCCCAGAAGAUGAUCUACCAAUUUGGGUUCUCCCUGAAGGCUAUACCGCGGGCCUCAGCAUGGCUUCCGGUAAUGUGAAAAGAGAGGCUUCCAUUAAGAGGCUUGCAGAAGCAGGUUAUUCGAGUGAGCUUUGCUCAAGACUCCUGGAUGAUUGCCAUGGCAAUGAGAGUAUUGCUGCUGAAGCACUGCAGAACGAGCUUGUUCAUGCGGGAUCAGAUGAACAAAUCAGCUCAAAGAUCUCGUCUUUGAGCUUCGCCGAGGCCGGUUCCGAGUACCAGGACCCUAGCUGGGCAGAGGAGCAAGAGACUCUUAGCUCUAUCUUCGGCGAACGGUUCAAAAUCAUUGAGCGUGAUCUGUUCCAAGUACAAUUAUACAUCGCGGAGCUCCAAGCACCUUUUUGUCUGAGCGUAAGGAAAUCCAGAAUGUAUCCUCAACAGCCUCCGACAGUCUCCAUCAUCUCACCUGGACUUCCUGCCUAUAUUCGACUAAGCAUCAUCCGUCGGCUGAUCCACCACGCGGCUGCGGAUCUCUCAGGCGAGCCCAUGAUAUUCAAUAUGGUCGAUUGGCUUGAAAACAAUAUACCAAAGAUUCUUAACAAUCCUGGCAGACUACAUGAUGUUUCCGCUGUGGCUUCUGGGCGUAGCAAGAAACCGGUGCUUAAUCCUGAAAAAGAACUAAAGGCUCGGAGGAUGCCCACUCAAAUCCAUCGCAAUACGCGGAGCCCGCAGAAUCUCGAUAUCUUUAACCGUUGGCAAGCCAAACAAACAACGCCGCAGCAGCAGAAAAUGCUUGCCGCUAGACAGACAUUGCCAGCAUGGAGGCUGCAGGAAGCCAUUGUCAACGCGGUCAAUGGCCACCAAGUCACUAUAAUCUCCGGUGAGACUGGUUCAGGAAAAUCAACUCAAUGUGUUCAAUUCGUCCUGGAUGACAUGAUCAAACGUCAGAUUGGAGCGGCGGCAAGCCUCAUCUGCACACAACCCCGAAGGAUAUCUGCUAUAGGUCUUGCUGAUCGUGUGAGUGAUGAGCGAUGCUCACGCGUAGGCGAUGAAGUUGGCUACGCUAUUCGAGGCGAAUCAAAGCAGAAGUCUGGGACUACUAAAAUCACCUUUGUGACCACGGGAGUGCUGCUCCGACGAUUGCAGACAUCUGGCGGGACUAAAGACGACAUUGUGGCUGCUUUAGCGGAUGUGAGCCAUGUGGUAGUAGACGAAGUACACGAGCGUAGUCUUGACGUGGAUUUCCUCCUGGUACUACUCAAGGAAGUUUUGGGCAGACGAGAGGAUCUGAAGGUCAUUCUGAUGAGUGCAACUCUCGACGCUGGCGUUUUUGAGGAGUACUUCAGCAACUUCUCAGUUGCGACGAUCGAGAUCGAGGGUCGCACAUAUCCCGUUGAAGACUACUACCUGGACGAUGUCAUCCGUCUGACAGGAUUCAAUUCAGGCUCGCGUAAGAAUGAAGAAAGUGAUGAGGAUGACGUGAAUCCGUCUGUAGCAAGUACCAUUCAAGGAAUCGGUAUGAAGAUCAAUUACAGUCUAAUUGCCAGCACCGUACUGGCCAUCGACUCAGGUUUGGGCUCUCAGGAAGGGGGCAUACUCAUAUUUUUGCCGGGCACUAUGGAAAUCAACCGCACUCUUGACGCUCUUCGAGGGUGUCCUAACAUGCAUGCAUUACCGCUACAUGCUUCACUGAUGCCCACAGAACAGCGACGUGUCUUCUCACCAGCACCUAGGGGCAAAAGAAAGGUCGUCGUCGCCACCAAUGUCGCCGAAACCUCUAUCACAAUUGAAGACAUUGUCGCGGUCAUCGACUGUGGAAAGGUCAAAGAAACAAGUUUCGAUCCUCAAAAUAACAUGGUCAAGCUUGAGGAGAUCUGGGCGUCUCGUGCAGCUUGUAAGCAACGCAGGGGUCGUGCAGGCCGAGUUCAGGCAGGAGUGUGCUACAAGCUGUAUACACGCAUUGCCGAAGCUAAGAUGGCAGAGAGACCGGAGCCUGAGAUUAGACGUGUUCCUUUAGAGCAACUUUGUCUCUCAGUCCGAGCAAUGGGUGUCAUCGACGUACCUGCGUUCCUUGCUAGUGCUCUGACUCCACCGGAGACUUUGGCGGUCAAGGGGGCGGUAGACCUCUUAGGUCGGAUGGGCGCCCUAGAUGGAAAUGAGCUGACCGCUCUAGGAAGGCACUUGUCCAUGAUACCAGCCGAUCUACGUUGUGGCAAGCUCAUGGUGUAUGGGGCUACUUUUGGCUGUCUCGAAGCAUGCCUCACCAUUGCUGCCAUUCUCACGGUCAAAUCCCCAUUCGUUUCUCCUCAACCCAAACGUGAAGAGUCGAAAGCGGCGAGAUUGUCCUUCGGCCCUGGCCAGGGCGACCUGAUCUGCGAUCUGCGAGCGUACGAAGAGUGGUCGCAAAGGAAAUCGUCCUCGAAUUAUCAUGAUGUCAAGUUCUGGUGUGAUCAAAAUUACCUUGCGAGCCGGAUCCUCGAUGACAUCUCCUCCAAUCGCUCGCAAUACCUCUCGUCCCUCAAAGAAGCCGGGUUCCUUCCCUCAACAUACCACUCAAACACACAGGCCUCACUCAACUCGCAGAACUCAAACACGGCGCUCAUCCGCGCGUUGGUAGCCGGUGCAUUCAACCCACAACUCGCCCGAAUCGACUUCCCAGACAAGAAGUUUGCACCGUCAAUGUCAGGGGCUGUGGAACUAGAUCCCGAAGCCAGGACUAUCAAGUUCUUCAACCAGGACAAUGGCCGGGUGUUUGUCCAUCCAAGCUCCACUCUUUUCGAUGCCCAAGGCUUUCAAGGAGGAUCUGUUUACCUAAGCUACUUCAACAAAAUGGAGACUAAAAAGCUAUUCAUCCGAGAAUUAACACCUUUCAACGCCUACAGCCUCCUUCUAUUCUCUGGGCCCAUCACGCUCGAUACUCUUGGCCGGGGUCUCAUAGUCGAUGGUUGGUUGAGGCUACGGGGCUGGGCAAGGAUUGGAGUUUUAGUGAGCAGGCUGAGGAUGAUGCUUGACGAGGUGCUCGCGAGGAAGAUAGACAAUCCGUUCUUGGACUUGGGCAACGAUGAGGUUGUGGCCGUUGUGAGGAAGUUGGUGGAGUUUGAUGGGUUAGAUCGGUAG